CAACACUUUACGGCAGGGAACAGUCUUCCACAUGGCCUCCAACAAGGCAGAAGCCGGAGCGUGUGUUUGAUCCUCAACAACCCCAGUGUCAGAGAAAAGAGGAGGGAGUAAACACCGCGUUAUACGCGCAACUCGCACUUUAAUAAUCACGUGAAAUGGGUAAAAGUAAAACCAAUAAGUUUAAACGUCCCCAGUUCAACUCGGUCGGGCUGCCGGUGACUGCGGUGAAGGAAGGAGACGGCGAGGAGGAAGAGCAUGGUGAUGAUAGCUGUCCAGCUGCGGAGUUGCUUGAGAAAUUGCAGAGCCCCAGCGCUGAUGUACGAGAGUUUGCAUGUGCCAGUAUUUCUCGGGUGGUGCAGCAGAGUCAGACCAUUCCGGGUUUCCUCCAGAGGGAUGCUGUUAGGCGCCUGGGUCCCAUGUUGCUGGACCGGAGCCUGGCUGUCAGAGAGACUGCCACUGGAGCUCUCAGGAAUCUGAGUGCAUGUGGAGGUCAGGAGGUGUGUGAGGACAUGGUGAAGCACGACGUCAUGACUCCUUUGACAGCACUGCUUAGAGAGUGCUGUGCUGGCUUUGAAAGUGCCGUUGUGUCGAUGAAAGACCAAAGUAAUGGAGUGGAGGAUGUAGCCAAUGAAGCUGUACACUUACUGUGGAAUCUAUGUGAAAGCAGUAGCCAGGCGUUGUCUGUGUUUAACAAAUCUGGACUCUUGGAUGUGGUUGUUCAGUGCCUGGAGAAACACCCACACAACCUGGAACUAGCCAUAUCUGCUGCUCACUGUUUGCACACUGUGACUGAGGAUAACCCAGAGCUGCUUUGUAGCAUGAACACUGCUGUGCUCGGAGCCCUGGAGAAUGUGCUGCUGUCAUCUCAACCAGGCGUGACACAAACUCUCCUCAGGACACUGGCUGCAGGUACGCUGUGGAACAUGAAGAGUAGUCUGCCUGCUGCUCGUCAGGCCGAGACUGUCAACGCUGUGGUAGCUACCUUAUCACAAUGCCUGGAUUUGGAUGCAGGUAUGCUAAUACCUGAACUUAGGCAAGCAGAGGAGCUUCGCCACAGAAACGCCCCAGCUGUGUCAGACAUAGAGGGCCAAGCUCCAGAAGAGCUCGCUGAGGAGGAGAUGAUUGAAGAGGAGGAAGCAUCUAAACAGAAGAGGAAUGGAAAAGCUGCGAAAGUUGAUAAUGACUUCUCUGACCUCUUGCCUAGGGGGAAGGAGGAGCUGAGGGAGGCAACGGCCUUGCUGACAGCCCAGCAAACGUCCUUGGAGAUCAUCGUCAACAUGUGCUGCUCUGACGACCCUUCUGAUGACGAGUGGGAGGAGGAAUCAAGCAGUGAUGAAAGCGACAUGGGUCCCGAUGGCCUUUGUGAUGGAGUGUCCAAUCUGAUGUCUCCAUUGUGCUUGUCAGCUGAAGUUCAAGGGGCUUUGAUCAACCACAGCAUACCACAAAAGGUUCUGAAGAAGACAGAGUUCCCUAAAAAGGAAACUGUGGAUUUGUGCCAUCAAAAUCCCUCCUGGAGAGGCCUGAUAAAAAAGAUGGAGCGUGUUCAAUCCCGGGCACUGACUUGCCUCCACAGUAUCCUCUCCACCAUGGAUGCAGAGUCUUUGGGUGGUGCGACAGCCCUGCAGGAAGCAGCACAGCAUCUCUCCUCUCUGGUCUUUGGUGCCCCAGAGAUUCCCAAAGAUGAGGAGUUUCUAGAGGCUGUCAUCAGCGCCAUGCGAUCUCUUUUACAGAUGAUUGCCUCCAAAAAUAUCCCACAGUGUAUGACCCCCCAGCAGCUGAUGAGCUUGAGCGAAACGGCCACCCGCUGUGAUGUUGUCAGUGUGAGGGUCAACGCCGUCGCCAUUCUUGGCAUCACUGGCAGCACAUUAGCCAAAGAGAAGGGCACUGCAGAAACCCUCCAGAUGAUCGGAAAUGCGUUGCUUCAAGUUGCCACAAGGGAUCCUGAACUCGUUGUAAAUGGAGAAGCCCUUGAUGCUUUGUUUGAUGUGUUUGCGGAUGGAGAGGAGGCAGAGACAGCUGCAAAAAACAUCAGUUUACUGCCUGCACUGAAGGCACUACAGCCCGUCUUCAAGACCAAGAUUCGUAAAGAAGGAAAAGGCAAAUACAGCCCUCAGCAGCUGUGUGUGCUGGAUAACAUCAGAGUGAACCUGAGAAGAUUUAUUGGUUAUCUGGAGGUGUUGAAAAAAUGAGGACUAUAAAAGCCUGUUUGGUUUGGACAAAUAUGCUAGCAGGAGCAUAGAACGAGACAGAAUAUGGUUGUGAAACCAUCAAGUAUUUAUGUUUAUAUUCUUUAAAUGAUGGUUUACUGUUUGUGUGCAGAGCGAAGGGAAUGUAAUAACCGUUAUUGUAUGCUGGAGUCGGCAGUUUUUUUUCCCCACUUAAAUUUAACUCAAAACAAUUUUGAGACUGAGUUUGUGUUUUCAUGUCUGAUUGAAACAUUUUUUAAAGAUCAGGUGUGGGAUCUGACACCAACUUUUCUUAUGGGCAUCCUUCUUUGAAUCCAUCUGGAUAUGCAUUGUACUUUGAAAUUCUAAGUUGUUGUUUUUUUCCAAUGAAGACACUGGUCUGCAUACACGUUUUUUCAGUAAUUGAAGGAGAUUGGUGGUAAAUUUUGUAGAUUUUUUUUAAUCUUUCAGUAACAUUAUACACAGAUCUGAACUGUCUAAAUCCCAGCAUUGUCUGAUCAUAAUGUGGAUAUCAUUAUACGUGACUGGCAAAAAUUCACGUAAAGCUUGUUAGCUUUUCUUGCAGUGGUUUCUUAGACUUUUUCAACAAAAUAUCCAUAAACUUGCAGUUUAUUUCAGUAAAAAAUGAAAUUAAUGUGUGAAGAUGUCACCAGGCUGUGAAGGAAUAGCCUUUUUGAAAUAAACCCUGAUUUUUUUCUCAGUGUU